AUGAAGACGUUGCUCUCUAGUGGUCUUUGUGAAAGAAACGCACAGGUUAAAUUGUGUGGAAUGAGAAACAGCAGACCGCUCGCCACCAUCAUGUCAGCAGAAGUCAGAGAGCCGGAUCCUCCGCAGCUUGUUAACCCUCCACCUCCUGAGGUGAUCAAUCCGAACAAGCCGGGCAGGAAGACCAACCAGCUCCAGUACAUGCAGAAAGUGGUGAUUAAGUCCCUGUGGCGGCACCAGUUCGCUUGGCCUUUUUACCAGCCCGUGGAUGCGGUCAGUCUUGGACUAUCCGACUAUCAUAAGAUAAUUACAACCCCAAUGGACAUGGGUACCAUCAAGAAACGGCUAGAGAACAACUACUACUGGAGUGCGAGCGAAUGCAUGCAGGACUUCAACACCAUGUUCACCAACUGUUACAUAUACAACAAGCCUACCGAUGACAUUGUGCUGAUGGCUCUUGCUGUGGAGAAGAUUUUCUUGCAAAAAGUCGCUCAAAUGCCUCAAAGGGAAGUGGAACUGAUUCCCCUUGCAGCUAGAGGAAGAGGGCGAAAAAACAGCUCUUCAGAAGACAGGAUGAAACACAAAGGCCCCGGCCGGGUCAGCGCUGCCUCAGAGAGCGCCUCCCCAGAACCAGAAAAUGGACAGGAGGGUCUGGGCGACCAGCUGAAAUACUGCAGCGACAUCCUAAAGGAAAUGCUGUCCAAAAAACACGCGGCCUACGCCUGGCCCUUCUACACGCCGGUCGACGCCGAAGUCCUGGGGCUGCACGACUACCAUGACAUCAUCAAGUACCCCAUGGACCUCGGCACUGUUAAAAGAAAGAUGGAGGGAGGCGAAUACCUGGACGCUCAGCAGUUUGCUGCCGACGUGCGGUUGAUUUUCUCCAACUGCUACAAAUACAACCCCUCCCAUCAUAGUGUUGUCGGUAUGGCCAGAAAACUUCAGGGCGUGUUUGAGCAAAAGUUUGCGAAGAUGCCCGACGAGCGCGUGGAGCUAACGGCACCGGCUGCUUUCCGACCUGCAAAGAGCGCUGCUCUCUGUGGGCUGAAUGGCAACAGUUCAUCCGGUCCGGACCAGUCAGAGUUGGCAGAGGGGCGUGCCACCGGACACACUGAGGCACAAGAUAACAUUAAAACUGAGCAGGAGCACCUCGCCGCCCUCUCUGAAGCCCCGGUGAAUAAACCAUUCACCGGAAAAGAGAAAGACAACAAAGAGCCCGGCAGGCAGAGUAGAGAAACUACCGGUUCCAAAAGUGUUCCAAACCCCAGCUGCAGGCCAUCGUGGAAAGGUGGCAAUGACUUGGAUUCAGAGGACGAGUCUUUGCCUAUGACAUAUGAGGAAAAGCACCAGCUGAGCCUGGACAUUAACCGGCUCCCCGGCACAAAGCUGGGCCGCGUGGUGCACAUCAUCCAGAAACGGGAGCCCAACACGUGCAGCGGCAACCCAGACGAGAUCGAGAUUGACUUUGAGAUCCUGAAGCCGUCCACUCUGCGUGAACUGGAGCAGUAUGUCAAGUCUUGUCUGUACAAGAGGUUCAAGAAAUUUCAAAAGAGGAGCAGUCGGACUGCGUCUCAGCACGUCAGCAGCAGCAGCAGCUCUUCAGAAUUAGCCAGCAGCAGCUCCACUUACUCCAGCUCAGAAGACGGUGACUCCUGAUCACUGCGGAUUUCUAUUUAUUUCCUCAUUUGUGACCAAAGUAUGUAUCUUCAAAGAUGUUAAACAUGUAAACAUAUUUUUCUAUCUGUAAAAUUUUUAUGUUCUGUACAUUUAAAAAUAAAACCCAACCUUU